GUAACGGUACAGGGAUCGGAGUGAUCGCUUUGAGAUUGUUUUCAGUCACAUGAUUGGAUUGGCAUAUCGAUGCGCUCGUACGCGGCUGGCGCACCGUAUGCCGCGUUGCUGGCGUUGCCGUGUGUAGUUGCGGCAGUUACGGAACGUGUGCGCGCUGCCGCUCUUUGCCUCCGCUGAACUCCAAAGCGUGCACAAGUCGUUUUCGCGCUGUUGCAGCUGUUGCAAGCGCUUCUGCAUACCAUACGCUAGUGAACGCAGUGGCGAGGAUCCCGGGGACUUCAUGUGUUGGUGUAGGUGCAGCACUUGCUGUCGGUGCCCGGAGGGCCUGACAUGUAUGCUGGUCCUAGCCAUAUUCGCUUCCGUCCUAGGGAUGUUUCAGUUCGGCUAUAAUCUAGGUGUAAUCAAUGCUCCACAAAAGGUUUUAGAAGAGUUUAUUUCAACUGUGUAUAGUGAGCGGACAGGAAUGCCAAUACCCAAGAAUUUCAAAGACUGGUUGUGGGCAAUCACUGUUGCUAUAUUUGCCAUUGGAGGCAUGGUUGGAGGCAUUUCUGGAGGUAUGAUGGCAAAUCGUUUUGGGAGGAAAGGGGGUCUGCUCAUCAACAAUAUUAUGGGCAUUCUUGGAGGCUCGUUGAUGGGUUUCAGCAAUGCCUCUAGAAGCAUAGAGUUGCUCAUUUUUGGUCGCCUUAUCAUUGGAAUCAAUUGUGGUCUCAACACUGCACUAGUGCCAAUGUACCUGCUAGAGAUAUCGCCUGUGCCACUCAGGGGAGGCCUAGGCACUGUCAGUCAAGUAGGAGUCACAGUGGGGAUGCUGCUUUCUCAGAUCUUAGGUAUUGAAGUCAUCUUAGGCACAGAAGAAGGAUGGCCAUACCUGCUCGCAAUUGCAGUCAUUCCAGCUGUGUUGCAGUUAGUGCUGCUGCCUUUCUGCCCAGAAAGUCCACGAUAUUUGCUCAUUUCAAAACAGCAAGAGUCUUUAGCUCGAGAAGCUCUACAAAAGCUGAGAUGCUCAAAUAUGGUUGAAGAUGACAUUGAGGAGAUGAAAACGGAGGAGCAAGCUCAACAGCAGGAAGCUAAAGUAACUAUGAUGCAAGUGAUCACGACUCGGUCACUCCAGCUACCAUUGCUGAUUGGAGUGUUGAUGCAUCUCUCACAGCAACUCUCUGGCAUUAUAGCUGUGUUCUACUACUCUGUGCGACUGUUUGAGGCUGCUAACCUGCCACCGAGCACUGCCAAGUUUGCCACCAUAGGAGUUGGUGUGGUCAUGGUAGUCAUGACACUAGUCUCCAUUCCACUGAUGGACCGAGCGGGACGACGUACACUGCACUUGUACGGCCUGGGGGGCAUGUUCAUCUUCAGCAUCUUCAUCACUAUCUCCCUGCUGGUCAAGUUCUUGUACCAUUGGAUCACUUACAUGAGUGUAGUGAGCACUUUGUGCUUUGUAGUCUUUUUUGCAAUUGGUCCAGGAACUAUUCCUUGGAUGCUCAUGGCCGAGCUAUUCUCCCAGGGGCCUCGGCCAGCUGCCAUGAGCAUAGGUGUCCUCAUUAACUGGUCAGCCAACUUCAUUGUGAGCCUCAUUUUCCCCCCAAUGCAGGUGGCUCUUGGAAACUACACUUUCCUGCCAUUUACUGUGCUGCUGGGCUUCUUCUGGACAUUCACGUACAAAAAAGUUCCAGAGACGAAGAACAGAACUUUUGAGGAAAUCUCUGCCCUCUUCAGGAGGGAUGAUGUAGUCAGCAUCAAUGGGAUGGGCACACGACGCAACUCUCUGGCACCUGGCCAGGAUGCUGUGUAUGAAGAAAAGCCAGAGACAUCUGCUUUUGUGUUUUUAUUCACAGACGGAACAUUCAGCACAUGAUUUGCUGGCAGCACUGGUGUUGAAGUUCACUUAUGUUCCAGAAACAAGGGCCUUUGGAAAGCAGAGUUAUGACAUCUUUUCAUACAGCAUGUACUAGUUGAUGCAUGCAUAGUUUAUGCAUAGGAAAACUGCUCGAAGAAACAAAUGAGCCUUGAGAAUGUUAUGCUACUGUGAGCUGUAAAUCAUCUACAAAUGCAUAUGCACAUAGGCCAUCAUUGAGGCAGUUUUUUUUUUUUUUUACAUUGGAGCGUUCUUAGUUCUUCACAUGGUGUGAUUUUAUUUCGUACCAUUUCUUUACACUAUUAAAUAUUGAAAGGAGCAACACUUCAAAUCACUUUAGCUUCCUUAUUGAUCGAAAUACUAUCAGUUUUAAGGGUAACUGCCAGUAAUUAGAAACAAACAAAAAGAAAAGGAAUAGCUGUGGUAGUGUAGCCUACUUAAUUUUGCAGUGGCCAGCUUUGCAUUUACUGCGUUGCAUAUUUCUAAGAAAAUGUGGCUCCAUUGCAUAUCAUGAUUGUGUGAUGAUUUCAUAUAUCCUAUCAUCCCAUCGAAUAUUUCCAUGCCGACUUAAAAGUUGUAUGUACGAAGAAAUUAUAUGAGCCCUAUGUUCAAUCUGGCUUUUAUUGUUUGGUUUGUAUGUGUGCAAUUCUCAUCAUUUGUGAGGAAGAAAACUGAUUUAAAACAAGAUGUGCGAUUGAUUUUGUUAAUUGAAAAUUAAAAACUGAUUAAAAUCAGUAGUGUGGGCUGCAGAUUUCCUUGAAAAAUUGAAUCAAUAAAGCAAGCAUGCUAUAAUGAAUUAAUGCUUUAAAGGGAUUAUUUGUCACACGAAACUGCACUGUCUGUAUCACUGGAUGUAAAUUGAGAAUAAAAAUGCUGCAUAUUAUGGUAUAAUAA